AUGGCGCCUCUCAUCACCGGCAUCUACACGGCAGAUCCGUCAGCCCAUGUCUUCGAGGGCAAGGUCUACAUCUACCCGUCGCACGACCGAGAAACUGACAUUCAGUUCAACGACAAUGGCGACCAGUACGAUAUGGCCGACUACCACGUCUUCAGCACCUCCUCGCUGGACCCCACCGAGGAGCCUGUCGACCAUGGCGUCGUCCUGAAGAUGGAGGAUGUGCCCUGGGUGUCCAAACAGCUCUGGGCCCCCGAUGCCGCCUUCAAGGACGGCAAGUACUUCCUGUAUUUCCCCGCGCGCGACAAGGAGGGCAUCUUCCGCAUCGGCGUCGCCGUCGGCGACAGGCCCGAGGGCCCCUUCAAGCCCGACGCCGAGCCCAUCAAGGGCUCCUACUCGAUCGACCCGGCCUCCUUCGUCGACGACGACAACCAGGGCUACCUCUACUUCGGCGGCCUCUGGGGCGGCCAGCUGCAGUGCUACCAGAAGGGCAACGACGCCUUCGACCCGGCGUGGCAGGGCCCCAAGGAGCCUUCGGGCGACGGCGUCGUCGCCAUGGGCCCCCGCGUCGCCAAGCUGACCGACGACAUGCACCAGUUCGCCGGCGAGGUCCAGGAGAUCCAGAUCCUGGACCCGGACACGGGCAAGCCCAUCCUCGGCGACGACCACGACCGCCGCUUCUUCGAGGCCGCCUGGGUCCACAAGCGCAACGGCACCUACUACUUCUCCUACUCGACCGGCGACUCGCACUACCUCUGCUACGCCACUGGCGACAGCCCCCUCGGCCCCUUCACCUACGGCGGCUGCAUCCUCGAGCCCGUCCUCGGCUGGACCACCCACCACUCUAUCGUCGAGUUCAAGGGCCAGUGGUGGCUGUUCCACCACGACUGCGAGCUCAGCAAGGGCGUCGACCACCUCCGCUCCGUCAAGGUCAAGGAGAUCUUCUACACAAAGGACGGCAAGAUCGUCACGGAGAAGCCCCAAGAGUAA